CGCUGCUGCGGCUGCUGCGGCGGCGGCGGCGGCCAGCAACAAGAGGAAACGGGACAACAAGGCCAGCACUUUCGGCUUCAACUGCACGCUGCUGCUGGGCCCCGCCGGGGAAAGCGGCGGCCGGCUUUGGGGAACGGGCCUUUGGGGAGGCCGCCGGGCGGGCCGAGGAGCCGGCCUACACCGGCACCCCGUGGAAGAAGACGAAUUACAGCCCCGGCGUGGUGGGCCUUCAUGAAGAAAUCAAUGACUUCUACAAGUACAUGUCUCCUCGACCCGAAGAAGAAACAAUGCGGAUGGAGGUGGUGAACAGGAUACAAAACGUAAUAAAGGAACUCUGGCCCAAUGCGGAUGUGCAGAUAUUUGGAAGUUUUAAGACGGGUUUAUAUUUACCUACUAGCGAUAUUGACUUAGUGGUGUUCGGAAAAUGGGAGACUUUGCCACUGUGGACCCUGGAAGAAGCACUUCGGAAGCACAACGUGGCCGACAAAGGUUCAGUAAAGGUUUUAGAUAAAGCCACUGUUCCUAUCAUUAAACUGACAGACUCCUUUACUGAGGUAAAAGUGGAUAUCAGCUUUAAUGUACAGAAUGGGGUAAAGGCUGCCUAUCUCAUCAAAGAUUUUAUUAAGAAAUAUCCUGUAUUGCCAUAUUUAGUUUUAGUAUUGAAACAGUUCUUAUUGCAAAGGGACCUCAAUGAAGUAUUCACAGGUGGAAUCGGAUCUUAUAGUCUUUUUUUAAUGGCUGUCAGCUUCCUCCAGCUACAUCCCCGGGGGGACGCCUGCACCCCCAAUGCCAAUUACGGCGUCCUUUUAAUAGAAUUUUUUGAAUUAUACGGCCGUCAUUUCAACUACCUGAAAACGGGAAUCCGAAUCAAGGAUGGUGGUUCCUACGUAGCCAAGGAUGAAGUUCAGAAGAAUAUGCUAGAUGGUUACAGACCGUCAAUGUUGUAUAUUGAAGACCCACUACAACCAGGCAAUGAUGUUGGGAGAAGCUCUUACGGCGCCAUGCAAGUUAAACAGGCCUUCGAUUACGCAUACGUGGUUCUGAGCCAUGCCGUCUCUCCGAUAGCUAAAUGUUAUCCCAACAACGAAAGCGAAAGUAUAUUAGGAAGAAUAAUCCGAGUUACGCAAGAAGUUGUGACGUACAGAGAAUGGAUAUCCAAACAGUGGGGGAUCCAGAAUAAUACAGAGACGUCGUGCAAUGGUAACGGAGUGACAUUAAUGGCGGAUAAUCAACAGCUGGACAAAUAUAACAACAACCUUUCCGAAGAGAACCAGUCGCUAGGAAAAGCGAGAAGUAAAACGUUGGAGACGCCCAGCAAACAUUCAUCAAACUCUUCAUCAGGCCCUUUGUCGUCGUCGUCAUCCACGCUCUCCAGCUCCAGCGAUGUGGAGUCGGAUGGCACCCCAUGCAAAACCUCAAAACAGCUGGGCUCCUGCCAGACUUCGGCAAACAGAUUGGUACCUCAGGAGAUCUCCCUCGGGUCCUCUCAGCUGAGCGGCAAAAUGCCAAGUAGCCAAACAGUGAACGCAUCCAAUGUGACAAAUAAGUCCCAGCACGGAUCCAUGAGGCUCUUCCGCACUUCUUCCAACAAAAGCAUCCAAGGUCCAGGGAAUUCCAGCCACGGCACCUUGGUGACGAACAAACAGUACCAGGGCGCUAAGCCACAACAAUUUUACCACGGGAAAAAAAGGAAACACAAGAGGGACGCUGCGCUUUCAGAGUUAUGUAGAUAGUUUUCCUAUCUUGACGGUUGGACUUGUUGCCCCCCUGUGUGCAAUGCUCUCUCACGCUACGAGAAUUAACUUGGACAAAAACGAUUUCCAAGAUCCCUUCUGGAGUCUCAAGACUGUUGGAACGUUGAUUAGCAACGCAUUUUAGUUUUUUUGGGGGGGUGGGGUUGUUUUUUUUUUUUUUUUUUCCAGCUCGCCACGAAAAACCGAUCAUGAAGACUGAAUAACUGCAAAAAAUAAUAAUAAUAAUAAUAAAAAAAAUAAAAAGCGGGUGGGAGGGAGGAAGAAGAGGACAAGGCUGCUUCUCCAGUAAGUCAUAUGCUACAACAGGGUUGUUUAGAUAUAUAAAAAGCUUGAAUGUAAAAUAAAUAUAUCCCGUCAGCUUUCGGGGGCUGACUUCUA